AUGUGGCUGGCUAAUAGUAGGUGUAGGGAGGUGGUUGAAGCAGCAUGGAGGUCAUGUGUAUCAUUAGAUCCUAAUAAGGAAAUCCUUGGAAAAAUAGAAAAAUGUGGCAGAGACUUAACAUGGUGGAAUUACAAUGUAUUUGGAAAUGUGAGGAGGGAGCUAAAAAAGAAGAGGGAUGUGCUAGUUGAAGAGGAAGCAGUGGCAUUGAGAACUGGAAGCAAUGUACGGAUCAGAGAAUUGCAAAGAGAAAUAAAUGAGUUGCUGGACCGAGAAACAAGGAUGUGGACUCAACGCUCUCGAAUUCUUUGGCUAAAAAAUGGAGAUGGAAAUACAAAAUUUUUCCAUAGUCGAGCCUCCCACCGGUAUAGAAAAAAUGUGAUAUUGGGGCUGAAUGAUAGCCAUGGAGUUUGGAAGGAAGGACCAAGUGAAGUAGCAGCUAUCCUUAUUCACUACUACAGUGACUUGUUCUCCACCUCAAAUCUGCCCACUCAACAUGAAGCUCUAAGCCACAUUCCUCAAGUGAUCACCGAUGAUAUGAACAGUGAAUUGACUAGUAGAUUUGAGGAAUGGGAAGUACUCCAAGCAUUGAAACAAAUGGCACCUAUGAAGGCACCAGGACCAGAUGGAAUGCCCCCUAUCUUUUUUUAG